GGAAGGGACUUUUCCUCGUCAUCGCGACAGGACAAGGCGAUACUUUUGCAUUCUUCGGGUGAAAAUAUUGCGAACGUGAGAGAUGGGUGUGUUUAAUUUUGGUCUCAAAGAAGCAGGAGCAGGAAAAGUUGUGAUUUGAGAACCUGAAUAUAACCAUUGAUAUCAAACAAGCAAGAAAAAGUUAGAAUCAUCGAGCAAAUAGGAUUUGAUAUCGAGAAGAUACCCUCAGAGAGCAGAAUCGCUUCAAAAUGGGAGCAAAAGGUAGCGUAGAGGCUGCUAAAAUUAACGUCGAUGGCUGGGGCCACUUUGAGCGUGGCAGCAGCCGUCACUACAGCCACAGACAUAACCAGCGAUCGCAGUCGCUGAAUCGAGGCCAAGCACUUUCUCGGGCCGAUGUAAGUGGGAUGUGGUGACAGCAAGGAACCUCAGGAGGACAGGCUGGCUGCCCAA